UCCGGGGCGCCGGAAGCGAGGUGCCCGCGAGUCGGGAAGAUGGUGGUAACCAGGUCCGGGCGGCCUCAGGCCGCGAUCCAAGCCACGUUGGCCGAAAGCUCUCAGCAGAAGAAUUCUGCUGCUGAAAGAAUUGAGGCACAUCCAAAAGCCAGGAAAGAAUCUCCAGCUGGUGAGCCAACGACUGCUGAGUCACAAACCACUAGGAAACAAAGUCCAGUCCCUAGAGCUCCUAAUAGCAAAAAGAGGAAGAGCAGAACUACAGUCUCGUUACCAGAGAUAAGCAAACCAUCUACUGAUGGAGAGACCUCUGAGGCAGAGUCAGAUUGUUCUUCUGUGACCGAAUUCCAGGAUCCCAUUUUAAGAGUAACUAGGAGACGGCAGAUCUUAGUUGCAUGCACCCCAGUGUCUACUGUUAGGAAAAGGCCUAAAAUAACUCCAAUAAAUCAGUCUCCUGUGGAAGAAGAAGCAGAUGACUCUGAAGCUGAAUCACAUACCUCAGGUAUUUCUAGAAUUGUGCCGCCCACAUUAAUAACUACAAGAACUAGAAGAAGUAAGACUAAAUCCCUGAGAGAGCCAAACCAAGAAUUGCAUGCAGAAGCUAUUUCUGAUGCCGAGUCAUCAUACUCAGACAUUUCUUCAAUUUCUGGGGUGACAUCUAUGAGAACAAGAAGUAUGCAGAAGAAAUCACAGUCACACACUGAGGAGAAAAAUACUAAUAUUGUACCAGAAACUGAAAAGCAAAUUAUAAAUUUGCCAGUGAAUUCAGAGGAUUCAGAUACCAGACAAACAGCUUGUUUACUUGCAAGAUCUCCUUCUCAGAUAAAUAAGCAAAGUUUCUACAGUAAUGAAAUGUAUAAGGACUUUGAUGAUUCCUUCCACAGAAAUUCAGGGAAAAAGAAAACAGUGCAAAAACGUCAACAUUUUAACACAAGAGAGGAAAAACAGGCCAGUGUUGCACCUCUCAAAGAAGUAACAAAGCAGAAUUGUAAGAAUAUAGAUGAAGAAGCCAAAGGAAUGGUAAACGAGGAAAAAGAAAGAAAUGAGAAAAAUUCUCAGUUGGAGAGCCUUUCUGAACCUCAGGACACUAGCAUUCAGCAGUUAGUUUCACAAAGGCAGUCAACCCCGCAAAAUAACAAAACUGCCUCAGAGCCCACAGAUCUGAACUGUGAGGCUAUCAUGAAAUCAUUAGCUCAGACAUUUGCAGUGGUGGAAGUGGACAGGUGGAGUGAAGAGAGGAAGAACACCAUAAAAACAAGUGACCUGACAGACUUUGGUGAUGGCAGUGAUGAAGAAGAGUGCACAGUUACAGGCAUCCGUGACGACAUAAAUGGAGAAAGGGAUGGAGAUUUUGAGUGUGAGACCAGACUGUUCAAGUCUGAGCUCAACACAUCUCUGGAUAAAGGUGACUCUGUUUUCUUAGUUCUCAGCAGUGAUGAGAGCCAGCAGUCUGAAAACAGUGAGAACGAAGAGGACACUGUGUGCUUUGUUGAAAAUAAUGGUCAAAAAGAGUCAUUAAAUGGAGACUCAGAAAACAUGUCCUGUGACAACCCAUUGUUUGUCAUUGACACAACUCCCGGAUUGAGUACUGAUAAACACUUUUACCUGGAUGAGGGAGACAAGGCAAGUGAGGUUGCCACCGAGGAAGAAAAAGAGGAAGAGGAUGAAAAAAGUGAAGAACCAUCCGACCAUGACAGAGAUAAAGAUGAUGAGUUUAGUGAUGAAGACGACUUACUAAAUAGCACAAAGUCUAAACUUCUGAAGUUGACAAGCAGCAGCAUAGACCCCGGUUUGAGUAUCAAGCAGUUGGGUGGUUUGUAUAUUAAUUUCAAUGCAGACAAACUACAGUCAAAAAAGAGAACCCUAACACAGAUCAAGGAGAAAAAGAAAGAUGCGCUUUUGCAGAAAUCCAUCAUUACUCCUGAUUUUGAAAAAAACUACUGUGUCCCACCAUAUAGUGAAUCAAAGUAUCAACUUCAGAAAAAACGCAGAAAAGAACGACAAAAAACAGCAGGUGAUGGCUGGUUUGGUAUGAAAGCUCCAGAAUUGACAGAUGAACUUAAAAACGAUCUCAAAGCACUGAAGAUGAGAGCUAGUAUGGACCCAAAAAGGUUUUAUAAGAAAAAUGAUAGGGAUGGCUUCCCCAAGUACUUCCAGAUUGGAACCAUUGUUGACAAUCCAGCUGACUUCUACCAUUCCCGAAUUCCCAAAAAACAAAGGAAGAGAACUAUUGUGGAAGAACUGCUGGCUGAUUCUGAGUUCAGAAGAUAUAACCGAAGGAAGUACUCAGAAAUCAUGGCUGAAAAAGCAGCAAAUGCAGCAGGAAAGAAGUUUCGAAAGAAGAAGAAAUUUCGCAAUUAAGAUUCACCAAGCAAGCCACGUAUUUUACAUUUCCCUUUGUUAACUCCAGAUGUUUUUGAAAACUAACACCAUCACACAAAUUGAUAUAGACUGGCUCUGUCUGAAAGUUGACUUGAGGGAGAAUCAAUCACGUACCCCUUGGGAUAAAAGCAAGUGUAUCUACAAAAGACCCACCCAUGCUUAGACUCUUUGAGGGAGAAAAAGGGAAACCUCAACCAUUUUAAGAUGAUUAACAUUUUUGUACAGUUUUCAACACUUAUUUAAAGAAAGUUGAAUUAAAAAACAUUUAGAAAGUAUAAAGUUUGUUAACAUAUACCAAAAAAAACUUUAAAAUUACAUAAUAAAGCUAAACAGUGCUGCAAUUCA